UAUCUUCUUAUUUAACACAAACAAGAAACUCCUCUCCAGCAGGGAAGGAUGGCUUACACCAAGCUCACCAUCAUGCUGUCCUCCCUCAUCCUCUUCCAACUAGCUUCGAUCUCCUCCGCGUCGGCGACCUACGAGAAUGUCCCCAAAAAGACCGUCCCCAAGCCCGUGGAGGUCGUCGUGGAGGGCAUGGUCUACUGCCAGAGCUGCAAGUACUUCGGCACGUGGUCCCUGGACGAGGCGAAGCCCGUCGGCUCGGCCAAGGUCAGCGUCGUUUGCAAGAACUACAAGAACCGCGUCACCUACUACAAGACCUUCCAGACCGAGGCGAGCGGCUACUUCUACGCCGAGCUCAAGGGCUACGAGAUGAGCCACCCCGUCCUGGACCACCCGCUCCACGCUUGCCGCGUCAAGCUGGUCUCGUCGCCCCUCGAGGGAUGCAACCUCUUGUCCAACAUCAACUACGGGAUGUACGGGGCCCCGCUCCGCUACGAGGACAAAACGCUGUACAGGAAGGAGUCCGAGGCGGUCGUCUAUGCCGCGGGGCCGUUGGCUUUCCGCCCCUCGUAUUGCCCUCCGGAAGAGACGCACGCUUGAGUUUGAUCUUUAGCAAUUCUCUACGUCUUCUCAUCGCCACUUUCUUUCAAUUUAGCCUCUGUACUGUACUUAUGGUGAAGAUGCAACUGUGUUCUGACAUGCGUCCCAGGGCGUUUUGUUUUGUUCUGUUUUGGCUGCUGUAUUACUGAACGAAUCAUA